AUGGGCUUGCGGUUUAUUUGGUCCUUGCGCUUGAGGGUGCGGAGUCCCCGGGACCUCCCAGUGCUGGGAUCGGGGGGCGCAGAGCUGGCGGUGGUGUCGGAGCGGGUUGGGAGUGGAGAACCCGGCCGGUCAGGGAGUUUAACGGUCACUACUCCUGCUUUGGCAUCGUACAACUCCCCCGUGCUAAUUAGGCGAUGUUUUAACAAAGGUUACUUCAAGGUGCCUGAUGCAGCAACUCUUGCGGUUUGGGGACGACUUUGCUGCUUCCAGUUCCCGGAGUUCCCUUCUGCCGCCGAGGGCUGGAUGGAUCCUUUGGACACGAUGGUUUUUGCUCCUGCGGAGGCGCAGCUCCCGUGGCGGUGGGAUGCGGGUGUGCUCGGCGCCGGCGUCUCUCCUGGCGGGAGUCUGCGCGUUGCGGGGACGGUCCCUGCUGGCCCCGCUCUCCUCGAGGAGGAGGAGGAGGAGGAGGGAUUCGGGGUGCUGGGAUGCCCAUACUCCCGGGAGCAGGGUCCCCGGGACCUCCCAGCGCUGGGAUCGGGGGCCGCAGAGCUGGCGGUGGCGUCGGAGCGGGUUGGGAGUGGAGAACCCGGCCGGUCAGGGAGUUUAACGGUCACUACUCCUGCUUUGGCAUCGUACAACUCCCCCGUGCUAAUUAGGCGAUGUUUUAACAAAGGUUACUUCAAGUUCCCGGAGUUCCCUUCUGCCGCCGAGGGCUGGAUGGAUCCUUUGGACACGAUGGUUUUUGCUCCUGCGGAGGCGCAGCUCCCGUGGCGGUGGGAUGCGGGUGUGCUCGGCGCCGGCGUCUCUCCUGGCGGGAGUCUGCGCGUUGCGGGGACGGGCCCUGCUGGCCCCGCUCUCCUCGAGGAGGAGGAGGAGGAGGAGGGAUUCGGGGUGCUGGGAUGCCCAUACUCCCGGGAGCAGCUGUGUGACCCGGUGAGGCGCCUGGACACGACCAAGAGAAGCCUUUGGUCUGCUGAGGAGGAAGAUGAGGGUACACCCAUCUGCUCUGCGGAGCGCGGCGAUCUGAGCUGUUCCCGGCCAUCCCGGCGGCUCCGGGUUCGGCUCGCCUACCCCUACGCCUGCGUUUUGAAAGCCUUUGGGGAGACGGCGGCCUCCCGAGGCGGCGCGAGGGCAGUCGGGCAAACAGCGCUCUCGGAGUCGGGUAAACACGCGGCGUCGAACGCUCUCGAGCUUCGCAGGAAACACAGACUGACAAGAACUCAAAGUGCCUUUUCCCCGGUUGUGUUCAGCCCCCUCUUCACAGGUGAAACGGUGUCACUAGUGGACGUGGACAUCUCUCAGCGAGGACUGACCUCCCCUCACCCUCCGACUCCGCCGCCUCCGCCGCGAAGGAGCCUCAGCCUGCUAGAUGAUAUCAGUGGGACGCUGCCUACAUCUGUCCUAGUGGGUCCGAUGGGCUCCUCCCUGCAGUCUUUCCCUCUGCCUCCGCCUCCUCCGCCCCACGCCCCAGACGCCUUCCCGCGCAUUGUCCCGCUGAGGCCGAUGGAGGCGAUGCCCGGCCAGCCCACCCCGCACCUGCAGUGUCCGCUCUACCGCCCGGACUCCAGCAGCUUCGCCGCCAGCUUGCGAGAGCUGGAGAAGUGCGGGUGGUACUGGGGACCGAUGAACUGGGAGGACGCAGAGAUGAAGCUGAAGGGGAAGCCAGAUGGGUCCUUUCUGGUCCGAGACAGUUCUGACCCUCGGUACAUCCUGAGCCUCAGCUUUCGGUCGCAGGGCAUCACCCAUCACACCAGGAUGGAGCACUACAGAGGGACCUUCAGCCUCUGGUGCCAUCCCAAGUUUGAAGACCGCUGCCAGUCUGUGGUGGAGUUCAUAAAGAGGGCGAUCAUGCACUCCAAAAACGGGAAGUUUCUUUACUUCCUGCGAUCCAGGGUUCCAGGUCUCCCUCCAACGCCUGUCCAGCUCCUGUACCCAGUCUCCAGGUUCAGCAAUGUCAAAUCCCUUCAGCACCUUUGCCGCUUUCGGAUCAGGCAGUUGGUCCGAAUAGACCACAUCCCCGAGCUCCCGCUGCCCAAGCCCCUCAUCUCCUACAUCCGCAAGUUCUACUACUACGACCCGCAGGAGGAGGUGUAUCUGUCGCUGAAGGAGGCUCAGCUCAUCUCCAAACAGAAGCAGGAGACCGAAUCCUCCACGUAG